GAUAAUAUCACAUAAACGAAUUAGAGACAGAGAGAGAAGAGCGCCUUGGCAAUGGCAUCCACAGCUUCGACUGUAUCAUGGAGUUCUUCCUGGCUAAAUAGCUUGGGCGGAAACUUGAGCGAAGCAACUAAACUAUCGGAUAGAAGAACAGCCUUGGUGGUUUUUGCUCAGAAGAAAGCCACGAAGACCCGAAAGAUAAUUUUGAAGGAGGAUGUGGCAGACCUGGGAAAGAUGGGGCAGCUGCUUGACGUGAAGGCCGGGUAUUACAGGAAUUAUCUGCUGCCCAUGGGCAAGGCCCAAAUUGUCACUCCAGCUCUGCUCAAGGAAAUGCGAAUGGAAGAGGAGAGAAUUGAGGCUGAGAAAACACGGGCAAAAGACGAGGCACAGCAACUCGCCCUAAGUUUUGAAACGGUUGGGGCUUUUAAGGUGAGGCGCAAAGGUGGGAAGGGGAAACAAAUUUUUGGAAGUGUUACUGCUCAAGAUCUUGUUGACAUAAUUAAGGCACAACUUCAGAGGGAUGUGGACAAGCGAAUUGUUUCUCUUCCAGAAAUCCGGGAAACAGGAGAAUAUAUUGCAGAGUUGAGGCUUCACCCAGAAGUUAUUGCUCGAGUGAGGUUGAAUGUGUAUGCUAACUAAGGACAACUAGUCAACUACCUUUUGGCGCCCUAGCUCUGGAUGGACAUUUUCCCUUUUUUCUUUCGGUAUGUCAAUAUAUAUAUUUUUUUCUUU